AUACUACGUGGAUAUUUUUAUGGUAUCGUUUACAGAUAUUGAUUAUUACAUUAUUAAACAAUUAAUUGAAUAACAUAAACAGACAGACACACACAUGGUCUGUACUGUGCUACUUUGUGGGGUAAUGAUGCUGUUGCAUUAAAUCUGUAAUGAAGAGGCUUUUAUUUUGAAGUAACGACCCACCUGGGCGGGGGGGCGUUGACUUUUGCUGUCAACUGAAAACACAGGGUGUGAACUUGUGUGUGUGUGGGAAAGUGUUUCACAAGGAAGCAGAGCAGCUGCAGGUGUGUGUGGCGUCAGGAGCGUAAAGGAUGUCUGUGACUCUCACCAAAGAGAAGGAGGUGACCGUCAUCACCAUAAAGGCCGACAGCAAGAGCCUGAUUCCACCGCUGUGGCAAAUCCUGAGGGCUCUGUGCACCAGUGCAGUGUGCUGCUCCGUGAACAAGGAGCUGAUGAAACCCUCUGUCACUGCGGUUCUUGGGACGAUCCAGAUCAUGGCGGGCAUGUUCCACAUGGCGCUCGGGCCGGGACGACCUCGCUUACACCCUUGGGAUCUGACUGAAAAUGGUGCUUCUUACUGGCUGGGUGUUGUGUACGCUGCAGCUGGAAUCGCGUCCAUUUUGGCCGGACAGUUCCCUUCUCCAUGCCUGGUGAUCUUCACCGUGAUCGUGAACAUGGUUGGUGCGGUGUUUGCCUUCACUGGCAUCGUGCUGUACAGCAUCGAACUUCAAGAAAUCUACAGGGGCCGAGUGUGGGGCUGGUCCCAUUAUGAUCAUCACAGCUUCAGUUUACAGAGUUUGUUGGCGAAUGCUGAUGCUGUGUCAGUCCUGCUGGCCGUUCUCCAGCUGUGUGUGUGUAUUGGUGUUGCUGUUGUGGGCAUCAAGGCUGUGAUCAGUAUGAAGAAGAAAGAGGCUGGAAAACUUGUUGGAGAUCAGCAGCCGGAGUCAGAGGAUAUGCUCCUGUCCAGUCCCUGUGCUUAGAAUCCGUGGAUGCAUGCAAAACCACCUUAUAUCUCAAAUACAACAUCAUAACAUUAGAGUCUAUUUCAGGUGAUUUUACACGUUUUCAAUGUUCGUUUUUUUCAAUUAGCCUUUGAUUUAGUUUUAAAGCAGAUUUAAACUGGCGUGCACACAAUAAAACUCAAAGUUCA